CUGGGGGUUGUUUCAUCUGCAGCGCUGCGGCGGCCCUGACGCCGUCUGAUCCGCUGCCGGUCACAGCCGCCCCGCUCCCGCUCCCGCUCCCGGUCCCGGUCCCGUCCCCGGUCUGCGGUGCCCCGUCUCGGCUCAGACACCCACCCGUGAGAGAUGUCUGCUCCAUCGUCAGGACCUCCUGCCCCUGAUGCACAGGGUGGGGCUCCCGGACAACCUACGGGACCCCCAGGUCCCCCUCCGAAUACAACAAGUAACAGGAGGCUCCAACAGACACAGGCUCAGGUUGAGGAGGUAGUGGACAUCAUGCGGGUGAAUGUGGACAAGGUUCUGGAGCGAGACCAGAAGUUGUCCGAACUGGACGAUCGGGCCGACGCUCUGCAGGCGGGCGCCUCGCAGUUUGAGAGCAGUGCUGCCAAGCUGAAGAGAAAAUACUGGUGGAAGAACUGUAAGAUGAUGAUCAUGCUGGGAGCAAUCUGUGCAAUCAUCGUUAUCAUUGUUAUCAUUUACUUCUUCACCUGAAUACCCCGAGUGAAUAACUCCCCCUCCACGAGUCUCUCCCUUGCCCCUCUCUCCCCCCUCCCAGGGCUCCGAAAGCCUCUCCGUCCCUCCCACGAGGUUGCCCCCACGUCCGCUGUAGUCUUUGUCUGACCAAUGGGUUCUCUCUGUGCAUAAUACUGUACUCGGUCCGUGCGUAGAUCUCCCAUCUCUUUAUUUGCGUUGCCUCCGCUCGUAGAGAUCC